CCGGCCCCCACCCGCCCGACGCAGAGGUUCCGGCGGCGCCAGCCAUAGCCUGUCAUUGUCGCCGCCGACGAGGCCAUUCGAGCCGCGGGGCUGCCCCGAGGGGAGCGGGGGACAGAACCAGCUCUGACAAGCGGAAAAAAACAUCCACAGGGCGAUUCCCAACUCUCCCAAAAACCAUGGAAAAUCCAAGUUAUCCCAACACUCGUUCCCCAUCAAGUUCCCCAUGAUCUUCCGCACGUUUAAAGCCUCAAAUCCCAUUUUUAGCAGGGAUUUUUUGGGAUUAUUUUUCCAAAUUCCUUGGCUCAGCCAGGAAUUUUUUUCCAGCCUGCAUGGACAGAGCAACCUUUGCCUGUUCCACCGCUUUUUUCCGGGAUUUUGGGAAUUCUUCUCCGGGUGCUCUUCCCGGGGGCCACGUGGAUUUUAUUGACAAAGCAGAUUCCUUCACUUAUUCCGAUUUUUUCCGGGAUUAUCUCAUUCCCAACCACCCCUGCAUUUUCUCAGCCAAGUUCACCGAGGAUUGGGGCAGCAGGAAAAAUUGGGUGACGUGGGAUGGGAAACCCAACUUUGAGCAUCUCCUGCAGGAGUUUGGAGAAGCCGUGGUGCCCGUUGCCAACUGCGAUGUCAAGGAAUACAAUUCCAACCCCAAGGAGCAGCUGCCCUUCAAGGAAUACGUGGAAUACUGGCGGGAAUACAUCAGGAACGGCUACCGCUCCUCCCGGGGCUGCCUCUACCUCAAGGACUGGCACCUGAGCAGAGCUUUUCCAGAGCAGGAUGUUUACACCACUCCCGUGUAUUUUUCCUCGGAUUGGCUCAACGAGUAUUGGGAUGCCGUGGCCGUGGAUGAUUUUAGGUUCGUCUACAUGGGACCCAAGGGAUCCUGGACGCCGUUCCACGCCGACGUCUUCCGCUCCUACAGCUGGUCAGCCAACGUCUGCGGCAGGAAGAAAUGGCUCCUGUAUCCCGCGGGACAGGAGGAAUUCCUGAAGGAUCGCCACGGGAAUCUCCCCUUCGACGUGACGGCUCCGGAUCUCCGGGAUAAGAGGAUUUAUCCGCGCUACAGCCAGAGCCAACCCCCUCUGGAAAUUGUCCAGGAAGCCGGAGAGAUCGUCUUCAUUCCCAGCGGGUGGCACCACCAGGUUUAUAACCUGGAAGACACCAUCUCCAUCAACCACAACUGGGUCAACGGCUGCAACGUGGCCGUCAUGUGGUGCUUCCUGCAGGAUGAGCUGGCGGCCGUCCAGAGGGAAAUCAGCCAAUGGAAAGAUCCCAUGGACGACUGGCACCUCCAGUGCCAGCUGAUCAUGAAAUCCUGCACGGGCAUCGACUACAAGGAAUUCUACAACUUCCUCAAAGUCAUCGCGGAAAACCGGAUCUCCGUCCUGGAGAAGGGCCUGGAUGAGGAAUCCUCAUCCCAGAACAAUUCCAAAGCUGCCAUUUCCACCCUGGGAAUGCUGCACGCCGUGUUCGACCUCAAGAGGACGGUGAAGGUGCUGAGCUCGUUGAGCGCUAACGAGGAUUUCCGGAAGCUGGAUCUGACUUCCCUGUCUCCUUCUCCGGAGGCUCUGCUCCAGCACCUGGAAUCGGCCAUCGACACGGCCCUGCUCUGAAUUCCCGCUUUUCCAAGAUGUUUUCCAGAGGGUUUGGAGGAAAUGGACUUGGACAAGAGCUUUGCUCCAGUGGGAGGAGGGAGAAUAGAAGGAGGGAG